AUGUCACUUCAGCCAGCGACUGCGAUCGGUCUCAAUCUGGCCAACUCGAGCUGCUAUGUCCUGUCUUUGUAUCUCUUCAAAGCGACUCGGGUCGGCAAAGCACUCGACGCUCAAGGUCGACCACUCACACGCGACCAUCCCCAAGUCAUCAAGGCUCGCUUGACCGCUGCGAGCUCAGCGACCGCUCUGGCUGUCCUGUCUACUUCAUGGACAUUGUACAGCGCUGCUGCACGCGCAACUGGAAAGGACGCCGACUUUGCAGGCUACGCUCGAGCGGUGCUCACGUACAUUCAGCGAGCUAUGGACGUCAGCCCUAAGCAAUGGACGCGGUCUCUGCUCUCGCCACUGUUGCUCACAGCGACGCUCUUUGCCGGUCCUCUGUUCACAUGUUGGCUGGACGGCUCUCUGCCUUUCCAACGCCAUUACUCGUGGCGAGCCAGCAAAGAGUACUAUGUCACCAGUCUGCAAGGCUUGCGAAACUUUAUCAUCGCUCCUAUCACGGAAGAAGUCGUCUUUCGCGCUUGCAUAGCGCACACGAGCGUCGCUGCGGGCCAGAGCAUGCUCAAGGUCAUCUUUCUGAGCCCGCUUUACUUUUCUACAGCCCAUGCACACCACGCGUACGAGCACUUUGUUGGAAACGACCGAACAAAGCAAGCCGCCCUCGUUGGCUGCCUCACAGCCUUGGUCCAACUGACAUACACGAGUCUCUUUGGCUGGUACGCGACCUUUGUCUACCUUCGAACAGGCUCCCUUUUCGGCGUCAUCGUCUCCCACACGUUCUGCAAUAUCAUGGGGCUGCCUAUGCCUCAUCAAGCUCUACAGCGUCAUCGCAAUCGCAAAGCGCGCUUAUUGUUGCUGCCCGUCUAUGCGCUCGGCAUAGGCGCGUUCUGCAAGCUGCUAUAUCCGCUGACGGCGUCGCGUCUCUAUGCCAGCCAAGACGCUCUCUGGCGCGGCUAG